AUACUAGGAACUGGAAUUUAUCUCACUCACCCUAGUCCUGUUCUUUGCAAUUGCCCUAGCCCCUGCAAAUCUCAAACUCUCUUAAUCAUGCCUGUCGAAGUAUAAAAACUCUGUAACCCCUUUGUUUGGGGCUCAGAGCUGGGAGUGUUAAGUUCUUAGGGCACGCCCACAUAAUAAACCUGAGUUCUCCAACUCUCGGAGUGCGGUGUUUGGUUUUGGCAACAAUGGAAGCACUUUCAGCCUCCUGGUCUCUGAAGUUGGAGGUCCCUUGCCUGCAGACAGGUGGUCACAGUGCAAAUCAUUUUGUGAAAACAUGUUUCCUCAGGCUCCAGAGGGUAGUGAAAAAACCCUAAUUAUUCAGGGCAUCCUGUGGCUUCCAAAGUGGCACUAGCGGUCAAGAACCGCUUGGCAAUGCAGGAUACACCAGAGUGGUGAGUUCAAUUCCUGGAUCAGGAAGAUCUCCCAGAGGAAGGCAUGGAACCCAUUCCUGUAUUCUUUCCUGGAGAAUCUCCAUUGGCAAAAGAGCCAGGCGGGCUACAGUUUAUGGGGUGGCAAAGAGUCAGACUUGGCACGCUAAAGGCAAGGAAUCUUUGGCAAGAGUUCUGAGAACAAAGCUUUGCAGGAACCCAAGGCCCCCAGGUGAUUCCCGCCAAGCACGCAUUCCCCACCACCCCUCCCCCAAGGGCACAGGCAGAGGCGGUGGAGGGCCACACCCAUCCUAGAAAGAGCCCCUCCCCGGGCAAGCAGCCCAGCAACCUUUCUUUCUCCAAGUUCCCGCCCUAAUCCUCAGCUCCAGAAAGGUCUCAGGAGUGUGGAGUGUGAGGCUGCAGCGCAGGGCUCCUAAAUGCGAUUCUUCACCCGCCAGGUUUCAAAACCCCUCAUAAUGUGUGUCAGCUAGCCCAGUGGUCAGGUCCAAAGUCUCCCGUGAAUUGUACUGUGACCUGUUCUCUGUAAUGCAAAAAGAAAGGAGAGCUCUCGGGGGUGAUCUGCAAAGAGAAAUCACCACAGGUGAAACAGCCUUCGAAGGUGUUUUCUCAACCUGUGGAUGUGCGUUUUUGAAAUAACAUCCCCAGGAAAGACCCACGGCAGCAGGAAGAAGAGGAGGAAAUGGCAGCUUCUCAGGGAUGGCUGACGUUCCAGGAUGUGGCCAUAGACUUCACUCAAGAGGAGUGGGAAUGCCUGGACCUCGGUCAGCGGGAAUUGUACAGAGACGUGAUGUUAGAGAACUACGGGAACCUGGCCUCCUUGGGUUGAAUCAUCUAAUAGACCAUUCUCAGAAACAUGUGUGGCAAGAAGUGGAAUUAAAAAUUACUGGCACCUAGGAUUUCUGAAACUAUGUCUCCACAAGAUACCCAGGAUUUGAUGCCAAAGAAUCCAGCAUUAGAAGAUAUAUUCCCCAAAGCAACCCUAGGAAUAUGUCAAACAUUUCACCUUGGAAACUUAAAUUUAAUGAAAGACAGGGAAUAUGCGAGGGUAAAUGAAAGACAGAGAGGAUGUUUAUAUGGACAUAAAGAAAUGGAGACAGUUAUACAUAAUGCUAAUGUUACUGCAAAAAGAAAUGAGCAACGUGCAUCAAAUUGGGAAAAACACCAAGUUCAGUCUUCAACGUCUGCUGAGAAGAGUAAGUGUUUAAGAAAAAAUGCCCAUCCUUUUUUGAAACAUACAUGUUCUCUAAAAGGGAACAUGGACAAUCUUAAAGGUAAUCUAGUCUCUACUGCAAAUACUCAUUCAGACAAUUCUGAAGGUAGGCUUCGACUAAACAUACAUUCAACCAUGUCUGAAUACUUACAAUUUAACAAUGAGAGGGCAAACUCACAAUUUAAUCAAUUUGAGGGAUCCAUGAGCAGGGAGUCAUUUUUCUUCCCACAAGAGAUAUUUUCUCCCCAUUCCGAGAUGUAUAAUGUUGAUGAAAAUGAAAGAGAUGCCACCCAGCCAUCAUUGUUCAGUACAUAUCAUGAUGUGGUUACUACACAGCAGCUUUGCAUGUAUAAUAAAAUGAGUCAGACCUUAAGUAAGAGCUCCAGCUCCAAUAAUUACAGGAGUAUUUAUGGUGGAGUGAGAAGGUAUUCAGGCAGUGAAACUGGGUAUACGGUUGAAGGAGACUCAAAACUUAUGAAACAUCAGGAACCUGAAUCUUCAAACAAGGAUUCUAAAAGUAAAACAUUUGGAAAUACCUUUGAUGAAAUGGCAAGUUUUUCUCUAAAUAAGAGUACUUGUAGUGAAGAGAGGACUUGUGAAUAUGGUAAGGUUUCUAAUCAGUCUUCAGAACUUAUUCAACAGCAGACUGUUCAGAAUCCACAGAAAGAAAACAAGUGUAAUAUAUGUGGGAAUGUCUUUAGUAAAGCAUCCAAUCUAAGCAAACAUAGGAAAAUCCAUACAGAAAGGAAACCUUUCAAAUGUACAGAUUGUAGCAAAGCAUUUAACCGUCGUUCACAUCUUACUCAACAUCAGCGAAUUCACACUGGAGAGAAACCUUAUAAAUGUACAGAAUGUGGCAAAGCCUUUCCUUACAGUUCAAGUCUUACUGAACAUCAGCGAAUUCAUACUGGAGAGAGACCUUAUAAAUGUAAAGCGUGUAACAAAACCUUUAUUCAAAACUCAUAUCUAACCUAUCAUCAGCGAAUUCAUACUGGAGAGAGGCCUUAUAAAUGUCCAGAAUGUAACAAAGCCUUUCUUAGUCGCUCACUUCUUACUCAACAUCAGCGAGUUCAUUCUGGGGAGAGACCGUAUGCAUGUAAAGAGUGUAACAAAGCCUUUAUUCGGCGCACACAUCUUACUAAACAUCAGAGAAUUCAUACUGGAGAGAGACCUUAUAAAUGUAAAGAGUGUAACAAAGCCUUUAAUCAUUACUCAAAUCUAACCUAUCAUCAGCGAAUUCAUACUGGAGAGAGGCCUUAUAAAUGUAAAGAAUGUAGCAAAACCUUUAUCGAUCGGUCACAUCUUACCCAACAUCAGGGAAUUCAUACUGGAGAGAGACCUUAUAAAUGUAAAGAGUGUAACAAAGCCUUUAUUCAAAACUCAGGUCUAACCUAUCAUCAGCGAAUUCAUACUGGAGAGAGGCCUUAUAAAUGUAAAGAACGUAUCAAAACCUUUAUCCUUAGCUCACAUGUUACCCAACAUCAGCAAAUUCAUACUGGAGAGAAAACUUAUCAUUGUACACAGUGUGGCCAAACCUUUAUUUCUCAGUCAAAGUUAAUUGUACAUCAUCGAAUCCAUACUAGGGAGAAACCAUACAAAUAUAAAGAAUGUGGCAAAGCCUUUUUUACGAGUUCGGACCUUUGUCAUCAUCAGCGAAUUCAUACCGCCGAUAGACGUUAUCAAUGUACAGAAUGUGGCAAGGCUUUUAUUAUGCGUUCUAGGCUUACUAGACAUCAGCGAAUACAUACUGGGGAGAGACCAUAUUCAUGUGUUGAAUGUGGCAAAGCCUUUGCUUGCAACUCGACACUUACUCAACACUGGCGAAUUCAUACUGGAGAGAGACCUCAUAAAUGUAAAGAAUGUAACAAAGCCUUUCAUCGUCGCUCAUUGCUGACUCAACAUCAGCGAGUGCACUCUGGAGAGAGACCUUAUAAAUGUACUGAAUGUGGCAAAGCCUUUGCUCGCUACUCAACGCUUUCUACACACCAGCGAAUUCAUACUGGAGAGAGACCUUAUAAAUGUACAGCAUGUGGCAAAGCCUUUAGUCGGAGUGAUCAUCUCACUAAACAUCUGAGAACACACACUGGACAGAAACCCUAGUAAUGGCACAAGUGAUGGAAGAGAUUUUCCCUAAAUGUGCAUCAGAAAACACAAGAGUUUAUACGAGAAACCUAUGGAGAUGAUGUAACGAAUAUGUAGAAAGGUAUUUUAAUCAAAAGUUAAAUCGAAAUAAAUAUCAGAGACUGCAUACUAGAAGGCAUUUCAUCAGUCCUCUUUUCUGAAGUUUCUCUGAAGGAGAAUGACUGUAGGGAGUACUCCAUAGUUAAAACACAUGGAAAGUGGAUAUAUUAGCAUAAAUCAUGAGAUGAAGGUUGAUGGUUAGAAAGUUACAAUUCUUAGUAAUGUAUGUAUGCUUGUUAAUAAUGAUGUGAUUUGAGAUUAUUUGAAGUGAAUGUUAUUAAGCACUCAAACCAUCCAUACUAUGCUUUGUUUCUAGUGUGUUUGCAGACAUAGAUUUUUGAUGGUUUAUUAAAGAUUAGCCUUUUUAUAUUGUGUUGCAACCAUUUCUAUCUAUCCUCCAUUAGAAGAUGAAGGAUACCACACUGUAAAAUGGACAAUGGCCAUCUAAAUGGACGUGUUUUUCAUUGAUGUGAAAUAUCUGGAGGUUGCCAUGAUGUAAGUGAUCAUUUAACCUUUCCAUGUUGUAAAGUAAGCAGAAGUUGGUUGUAAGGGUUCAAUAGUAAUAUCCCUGAUUUUAAGAAGAACACAAUGACAGUUCACUGCAAUAUUGAUGUAUCUUUAUAAUAUCAACACAGGUCAUGAUUAUUACUUGACACUGUUGAAAUAAACACAGCUUUUGUGAUAA